GUUCUCUGCGUUCAGCCAGCCACCUUUCCGCUCGGCGCAUGCGCGUCAGGCGCCGCCGCGAUGGAGCAAAUUCUGGGGCAGUUGCCCCUUCGGUUCUCCCGGUUGUCCAUGUUCCCGGUUUUCGACCUGGCUCACUACACGGCCUCCGUCCUGUCGCUGAGGGAGGAGCGGGGAGCGGUUGAAGUAUCACGCCAGAGCCCAAUUGCCUGCUGGUUUAGUGCUAUGCUUUAUUGCUUUGGUGGAUCCAUUUUAUCUUCGCUGAUGCUGGGAGAACCUCCGGUUGCCUUCCUUGCUAACACCACAAGUGUUCUCCUUGCUUCAUCGGUCUGGUAUCUGAUAUUUUACUCUCCACGUGAUCUAGCCUACUGCUGUUCUUCUUUUUUGCCUAUACGACUGAUGUUUGCAGGAAUGAAGGAAGUGACUAGAACAUGGAAAAUAACAGGUGGAAUUGCCCAUGCACACAGCCAUUAUAAGAAUGCUUGGAUAGUCAUGAUAGCCAUUGGCUGGGCCAGAGGAGCUGGUGGCGGCCUAAUAUCCAACUUUGAACAGUUGGUGAGAGGCGUGUGGAAGCCUGAAACUAAUGAACUGCUGAAGAUGUCCUACCCUGUGAAAGUCAGCUUGAUUGGAGCAGUACUGUUCACGAUGCAGCAUAUCUCUUUCCUUCCAAUAGAAAAGCACAACCUUAUGUUCUUCUACACUAUCUUCUUGGUGGUUACAAAGGUAACCAUGAUGCUUACACAACGCCCAACUUCUCCAUUUGCUCCAAUUGAAAAGACACUGGCGUACCUCCUCUUUGGUUGGCAGCCAACUGACUCCAGAGGAAAGGGUGAGGCCAGAGUACCUCAUAAUGGGGCUUCCUCGGCGGACCGGACGAUGGGUGGAGAGACAAGCGGCAGUGCUAAAAUGAGGCAUUCAAAGAAAACAGAAUGAAGCCACUGAGCACAUGAGAGUGGCUGAAACCAGCGUGUUUGUAUGUGCCUAUCAAUAUUUAAUGUUUCACUUUCCCAAUGAUGUGAAAUGACACUUGCGUGACAAGAAACUGAUCUCGCAAGAGGCCAGCUACAAUAGCCUCUGAGUUCAGGACGACAUGGCUAAGAUGUUGUGUACAAACCACAGUUCAGUGACACUCUUGCCAGCUACACUGCCCACAGUUGUACUGUUCAUGUUUGCUACUACUGCCGUGUGGCUAUAUGUAGCCUCUGAUCUGAGUUUUUGUUGCUGUUGUAAAUUAGAAUUCGUAUUUGGAUAUGAUGAAUCAUGUUAGUUUUUUUCUAAUGUAGUAAUAAAGUAAGAGAUUAUAUUGUGAUUUGACUUAUAUAAGAAAUUUUAUUGUAGAUGUUUUCUAACCAAGGAAACAAAACACUUAACAGCACCCUGCCACCCACCGAAAACCCUUAAUAAAAUAUAUUCUGGCAGCUGCAAAAGGUGACAGCCAGAUUUGACUAUUUUUGUUGAUUAUAACCUAUCAGGACAUGAUCCUACAAGACUUGGGCACUUUUUAAUUCAACAGGAGAGAUUUAUAUGUGCGUAUUUUGUGACUACAUCACACUUAGUUUUGACUGAAUUAUACCCUGAUAUUUAAUAUUCUUAAUAGCAGACAUUUGCUUUCCUGAUAUUUUAAUACACAAUUUUUAAAACAUAAUUGAGCAGUACGAACAUUUUUGGUGAAAAUUUAAUAUAUUCAAUGACUGAAAGGAACAAUAAUUAAAUUCUGCUAUGAAUUUUUAAAAACAGCUUAUGCCUCCAAAAUGCCUUAAUAAUUGAUCCACUGCUACUGAAUUGUCUUGAUGGCAUACAUUUGUAAGUUUUCACCUAUGGCUGAAGUGACAAGACUUUCUUAUAGGGUGUUUUUUCCCCACCACAGACCUUUCACACUAGUUUUGAAUUUUGUCUAUAACUCUGAACUAUUUGGAUAUUGAAUUGUAAACAAGCUUCACAUUUGUUCUUAAAAUUAGAAAUGAAACAUGAUGAAACUGAAUUCACAUGCCUUGUGUUUUUGACUCCCCCUCCUGUUUUUUAGCCAGGAACUUAUGCUAGGCCUAUGCUUUAUACAGGAGUUUUUUUUAAUUAAGCAAAACUAGCAUCUUAGACAGGUUUGCCUUCAUCCCCCCCAACAACUUGGUAUCUCAACUUAGCCAGUCAACUGUAUGCCAGAUUUGACCAAGUCAUGGCUAAGGAACAGAACCUCUCUGGUCUGUCUAGCCAGGAAUCUACCACACUUUUUCUUGCUUCCUGACUGCAUCUGUAAAAAUGGACCAGAAAAUGCUAGUUUCUUGGCAGGGAAAAAUAAAGCAAGUAGUCAGCAGCUGCACCAUGCAGAGAAAUUAUUCCUUUCUCUACUUACCUGGCUGACCAUAACAGUUUGUGCUAAACUUGGUAGACCCAAGUUGUAUAGGCUUGGUUUACAUUGUGUGCAUAAACAAGACAUAAAUGAUAUUUAUGUUUUUUUAAAGCAUUUCGUAUAUUACAACAGAAUCGCAAAGGGUGGGAAAUUAAGACUGAUCUCCCCCCCCCUUAAAACGUGAGGCUUCAGUUUUAUUUUUUUUUAAUUGGGCUGUUCUGGGAACUCAUAACUUGGAUAACGAGAAAAUAUGAGAGUUUCUCAAGGUUGUCUGCACAGCAUUAUAGUGAACUUUGGUUGGUAGAGAACGGAAAUAAAUAUGAGACAAAGACAAACAACAUGUUUCCUACAUGUAUAAAUUUUGUGUGUAUUGGUAAUGUCACUGAUACCUUUAUAUGACUGGGCCAAACAAAUGUCUUGAUGCUUUCUUGAACUGUACUUUUUGUAAGGUUCUGUUAACAACUUAACAGUAAUUGCACUGUAAUUCUGUGGCACAGAUUGAUGUGAACAUGUAUUUAUAAUUGCUGUUUACUGAUAAUUUACUGUUGGAAAAUAGUCAGCUUUCCAUUUGGAUGCUCUGUGCAUUUAAAAACCCUGCUAUUAAAAAAAGAUGUGUGGGUCUCA